CCUUUCUCCACCGCCUAAAUCUCUCCCAAAUAGAGAGAUCGGGAUUCGGGAGAAAGAGCCAAAGAGGAAUCGGUCCAUGGCGGAGAAGGAGAACAUUGCCUCGCACCGUACCCGGGCGGCGGCCAAGAGAGCUGCUUCGCCCUCCGCCGCCGCCGCCCCUGUCCCAAGCCGGUCCCCUACCAAGAGAAACCGCAUCGCACUCGCCGAACUCCGUUUCCAGUCCAAUGCCACCUCUGAUUGCUCCGCCCCUCGUUCUAAGGGCAAGGCAAAGACCAGGAAGAAGGCAAAGUUCCGCCCGGCGGCUUCCUCCGGUGAGAUCACUCCGCGCGUAGAUCCCCAGAUGUGUAAGUCCUACUCCGAUCGCUCCGUCCCUCGUUCUAAGGGCAAGGCAAGGACCAGGAAGAAGGCAAAGCUCCGCCCGGCGUCUUCCUCCGAUGAUAUCACUCUGCGGGAAGAUCCCCAGAUGUGUACGUCCUACGCAUCGGAUAUAUGCCAGUACCUCAGAUCUAUGGAGGCGGAGCCGAAUCGAAGACCGCUUCCGAACUACAUGGAGAGUGUUCAGCGUGACAUCACGGCGGGUAUGCGAGAGGUUAUGGUGAAUUGGCUGGUCGAAGUGGCGUUGGAUAGCAAGUUGGUCUCCGAAACGCUCUACCUCACUGUCUCAUACAUCGAUAGGUUCCUCUCCCUGAAUGCGAUCACUAGGCAACGAUUGCAGCUUCUCGGAGCGUCUUGUUUGCUCAUCGCCUCCAAGUAUGAAGAGAUAACUCCUCUGCCGGUGAAUAAUUUUUGCGACUUCACGGAUAAUGCUUACACGAUAAAAGAGGUGGUCGAGAUGGAGAGAGAGAUUUUGAAGUCUUUAAGGUUUGAGUUAGGCAAUCCCACUGCCAUUACUUUCCUAAGGCAAUUUAUGCAGGCCUUUCAACAAGAUGGCAAAGUACAUCAUUCAAAUCUGCAAAUAGAGUUCAUGGCAAGCUACCUUGCUGAGUUAAGUUUAAUGGACUACGAUUGUGUCCAGUUUUUACCAUCUCUGGUUGCUGCUUCAGCUAUAUUUCUCGCAAGAUUCACAUUGGAUCCAAAUAGUCACCCUUGGUGCCGAGAACUGGAGCAAAGUACUCGUUAUUGUGCUGCGGAUCUAACGGAUUGUGUCCAUGCAAUUCAUAACCUGCAGUUGAAAAGGAAAGCCGAGUCCCUAGCGGCCAUUGGUGAAAAAUAUCAACACCAAGAGUUCGAGUGCGUAUCGACAUUACUUUCACCCGCUCAGAUUCCUGCAAAUUAUCUUUCAUAGGAUGCGAAAUAGAUGAUCUGAAGAGCAAUGUGGCAAGCACACAAGGCUAUCAACGUGAUCCAUUGCCCGAGCAAGGGAGCUGCAGAAUGUCUGAUCGUAGUUUAGUUUUGAUCAUCCAUUUUGAGGAAACACAAUUUGAUGAGUUUAGUAUGCAUCAAAAUAUAAGAUAUUAUAGUUGGUAGGACAUAUAAAUACCUGAAUCACUCUGAAACUAUUGUCAUUUUGGUCAUUCCAGGUAUCGAUAGGAGCAUAGCUCGAGUAAUGUAACCCACGAGUUAAUAUAAAAGUAAAUUCCUCCUUGUCUAUAA